AUGGCUGCUAUCGACACUAAUGACGCUUCGACAUCUCAGACCGUCCCAGCAUCCGACGGUGAUAGCAAACAGAAUGGCGAGCGGGCCGAUGGAGACCAGAAUGGCGACAAUGCCCAGAAUGGCGCACAAGAAGAGAACUACUUCGAGGUCACCAUUCACCUGCCGCAUAAGCCAACCAAAAUACAAAUUAUGCUUUCCACCUCCGAACAGGUACAAGAUUUGAGACAGACCAUCAUCGAACAGCCGAAUACUCUGCAAUACUCUUGCUUCCACUUGGAGCAUAAUGGUACACGAAUCAACGAUUUCGUCGAGCUGUCCGAGGUCUCGGGACUGAAGACCGAUCCGAACCUCAAACUCGUCGAGGAUCCAUAUACCGAGAAAGAGGCGCGUUUUCACGUCAUCAGGAUACGAGAGCUUAUCGGUGCUGCCGGAGAUCGUAUUGAUUCUAUACAUGGAGUCAUGUCUGGACUUUCUGUUCAUGACGACAUCGCUCAGAACGAAGUCCUGACGCCAGUGACCAAUGGCUCAGCGGAUGGGGCAAAGCUUCCCAAUAUCUCGGCGUACGACUUCAAUGCUCCGGCAUCGUUGAAGACCAUUAUACCAUCACCACGUUCACCGCCGCCCAAGACUGUCAAGAACGUGUCCGUCUCACCCUGGAACCCUCCUCCGUACCACCUCCGCUCCAAAGGACACCUCCUAUAUUUACAGGUUACAAAUAACGAGGGUGAACAACAUCAAAUUACCGCACAUGUUGGAGGAUUCUUCGUGAACAAAUCCUCAAGCAACAAGUUUGAUCCAUCUCCCAGGGCCGCCCCCAAGGACUUCUCGGCGCACUCGCUCUUGACGUUGCUGUCAAAGAUUUCACCAUCGUUUGACACCUCCUUUACAUCGCUUCAAGAACAUAAUAGUGAACGUGAGAUGCUUUCUUACCUACCAUUGCCAAAUGCCAUGCCCGCCAACCCAUGGCUCGUGCCUGCACCCACUGCUGAGGCUCUUGCGCACUCGGCAGACAUUACGCGAACACAGGAAACCUAUCUCAUCGCAGGCGUUGAUAAUACUGACUCUCUAAGAGACUGGAAUGAAGAGUUUCAGUCCACGAGAGAAAUGCCAAAAGAUACUGUGCAAGACCGUGUGUUCAGGGAACGUCUGACAUCAAAACUCUUUGCCGAUUACAACGAGGCUGCCACCCGAGGCGCACUGUUGGUAGCGCGUGGGGAAGUUCAGCCCUUGAAUCCUACAGAAGCCAAGGAUGCGCAGAUCUUUGUAUACAACAACAUCUUCUUUUCUUUCGGUGCUGAUGGUGUCGGAACCUUUACAACCGACGGUGGCGACGAGGCUGCACGUGUCGCUACUGGAAAAGACGUAGCUGGUGUCCGUGCAGUCAACAAUCUCGAUAUCGACGGCCUAUUUACGCCUGGUACAGUGAUAGUGGACUACAUGGGAAAACGAAUUGUAUGUCAGAGCAUUGUUCCUGGUAUAUUCAAGCAGCGAGAGCCGGGAGAGCAUCAAAUCGAUUACGGUGGUGUUGAAGGAAAGGACAUUGUCGCAGUGCACGAGUCGUUUGUGCCACUAUUUGAAAAAGUCUCAAAGGCAUUAAAGGUCAAGAAGCACCCUGUCUGGGACAAAGAAUUAGUGCGACACGAACUGGAGGGCAGUGUUGAGACCAAGGGUCUCAUUGGAACAGAUGCCAGAAAAUACGCCCUCGAUUUGUAUCGCAUAACGCCUAUCGACGUUGACUGGAUUGAGCAACACUGGAGUGAAAGAUCAAAAGAAGGCGAAAUCCAAGAUCAGGAAAAGGACUACCCCCAUCGUAUGGCUGUCUUGCGUCCAGAGCUAGUCGAAUCCUACGGUCGCGUCAAGCUGUCUAAAUUCGUGGAGAAGAAGAGAGACGAACUGAGGAACAAGCCUACCGAAAAAGAGACUGCCCCAGAAUCUGAAACCGCAACCGAAACUGAAGGCGGUCAAGUGGAGAAAAAAGACAAGCCCGAGGAAAAACUCCAGGAGCGUAUCGAUAUCAGCGACUUUCAGUUUGCAUUGAACCCAGACGUGUUUUGUGGCCAGGCACCUCAGUCUGAAGAGGAUAAAGCAGAAUGGGCACUCGACGAAGCUGAGGUCAGGUCUGCUUGUAACCAUCUUCUGAAUGAAGUCAUCCCGGGCUUGAUCAAAGAACUCCAAGAUGGCGAAGUCGGCUUUCCCAUGGAUGGACAGUCGUUGAGUGCGCUGUUGCACAAGCGUGGUAUCAACAUCCGCUAUCUUGGUAAGCUGGCGUCGUCGGCAGACAAGGAAGAUUCCCGUCUUCAGGCCUUGAAGCUGCUUGUAGUACAAGAGAUGAUUGCUCGUGGCUUCAAGCAUGUCGCCAACCGGCUGCUGCGUAAUGUUGCUUCGCCGUGCGCCACAGCGUGCCUUGCACACCUACUGAACUGCGCAAUUGGAACAGGUCUCAAUGCGAACCCACACGCCGAGACUGAUCCCUCCCUCAAAUCUAUUUAUUCUGACGCUGACUUCAGUUACGAAGCUUAUACGCCAGAAAGACUUCAAACUGAAAUUAUCAAAGAGAUUUCCACUCGAUUCCGCUACAAUCUCGGUGACUCUUGGAUAGAUUCGGGCAAACAUCUUCAAGUGCUUCGUGAAAUAGCUCUCAAGAUGGGUUUGCAGUUGGAAGCCAAAGACUAUGCUUUCGCCCCUGUUGCCAAAACUGCUUCGCCAGAGCUUACCAACGGUCACACCAACGGUACAAGCAAGAAGAAGAAGAAGGGCGGUGAUACUUCAUCCCCAACCCGCGCUUCGGCUCAGGUUGGCCCGGCUCAGACUUUCCGACCCGAUGACAUUCUAAAUGUGGUUCCCGUAAUCAAGGAAGCAUCACCCAAGAGCGUCUUGGCUGAGGAGGCUCUGGAAGCCGGUCGUGUGUCGCUAGCCUCCGAUCAGAAGGAGCUUGGACGAGAGCUCUUGCUCGAAUCCCUAUCACUUCACGAGACAAUCUAUGGUCCUCUCCACCCUGAAGUUGCGAGAUUGUACCACCAGUUGUCUAAUCUUUUGUACACAUUAGACGAGAAGGCGCCUGCCGUCGAACUUGCACACAAGGCAGUGGUUGUUUCGGAGCGCACCUUAGGUGUUGACCACGCCGAGACUGUUCUGAACUACCUGAAUCUAGGCUUGUUCGAACAUUGGAGCGGAAACACCAAAGCUGCUCUGACAUAUGUGCUUCAUGCGCUCAAUUUAUGGAAGAUCAUCUACGGUCCAAAGCAUCCUGACUCUGUAACCACCAUCAAUAACGCUGCAGUUAUGCUUCAAACAUCCAAGAUGUAUCAUGAGUCACGACUUUGGUUCGAGGAGUCGCUCGCCAUCUGCGAAGAGGUAUCAGGCAAGCAGUCGAUCAAUGCAGCGACUCUACUGUUCCAGCUGUCGCAAGCCCUUGCUCUCGACAAGGACAUGCACCAAGCAGUCAACAAGAUGCGUGAUUCAUACAACAUCUUCAACAACGUACUGGGUGCCGAAGAUCGUAACACAAAAGAGGCCGAGUCAUGGCUUAGCCAGCUUACGUCGAAUGCCGUUGCGCAUGCCAAACAUGCGAAAGACUUGCAGGAGAGAAAGAUCAGACGCGUCCAUAUCGGCGGCGCCAUGCGGCCUCAGCCUCAAGUCGGACAGACAUCUGACGCCGCGUCCAAUAUCGCGACCCCCGGUCGGACGACUGGGAACCUCGAUCAGCGUAGCAUCGAGGAGCUUCUCAAAUAUAUCGAGGGCGACAGUCCCAAGAAGACGCCGAAGAAGCGGGCUGCCAACCCAAAGCGACGCGCGCAGCAAUCCACCGCAUAG